CCCUGAAAAAUUUCAGACCCUCCUCCAAAGAGAGAGAAAGUAGCACUAAAUUCCUCUCUCUCACUAUAUCUAUAGAUGUAAAUAUGCAUACAAAAACCCCCAAAAAACCAAAUUAGUUGCUUACCAAAAUUUCAACUAUGUGGCUGCAGAAAGGAAACAGCGUGAAUGGCACGAAAAAGGGAGGAAUAGCCGGAAGAGGAAAUGGAUUGGUGGCGAUCGGCGUUGAUAGGGAAAAAGGAAGCCAAAAUGCUCUCCGAUGGGCCACCGAGCAUCUGCUCGUCAAAGGUCAAACCGUGAUAUUAAUCCAUGUAGUUCAGAGACCUUCCAGUGCGGCUGCUUAUUUGAUUGGGGGAGCGAUUAUUUGUAAUAGCGAUGGCAGUUUCGCCAGUAAUUCCCCUCGUAAACAGCAGCUCGAGAUGCAGACUCGUGACAUUUUUCUCACCUUCCAUUGCUAUUGUACUCGUAAGGAUAUUCAAUGCCUUGAUAUCAUAUUGGAAGAUACUGAUGUGGUGAAAGCGUUAACUGAAUACGUCUCGUAUAGUGCGAUCGAAAACUUGGUGCUUGGGGCUCCAUCGAAACAUGGAUUUAUGAGGUUUAAGUCGUCGAGCAUGGGGAGUAGUGUGUCGAAAGGGGCACCGGAUUUCUGCACUGUAUAUGUCAUCUCAAAGGGAAAGGUGUCGUCGGUGAGACAUGCCACUCGCUUGGCUCCCGCUGCUUCUCCUCUACUAGACCAUUUGCAGAAGUUAUCGAAGCCGAUCGUAAAGGGAACGGGCACUCCUCAACAUAAGUUUAAUUUAAGAGAUAGGACAUCAUUCAAGCCUCGGAAUUUUCAAGAUGAAUCAAUCAAGCCAGAAAUAUCUCAGGGAGUGGAUAGAACUUCUAUUUCCAAAUAUAGUGGAGGGUUCUCCGAGUCAGAAUCCGACAUAUCCUUCAUAAGCUCAGGAAGACCAAGCACGGAUCGUACUUCUUCUGUUGCACUUGACUAUGAAUCCGCCCCACUGCAAUAUUCAAACAGCUCAGACCAAAGCUUUGCAUCUCUACCAUUUAAACCAAAAUGGACAGACCACAAUCAACUCAAUGAUUUCUCAUCAGUUUCAGAUGAGAGCUGCAGGACAUCAUUUUCCUGUUCUUCUCAGAACUUGGAUGAAGCAGAGCUUGAAAUGAAGAGGUUGAAGCUAGAGCUUAAACAAACUAUGGAGAUGUACAGUACAGCUUGUAAAGAAGCACUAACAGCAAAGCAGAAGGCAAGGGAACUAAAUAACUGGAGAUGUGAAGAAGAACAGAAACUAGAAGAGGCGCGGCUUGCACAAGAAGCAGCAAUGGCUAUUGCAGAGCAGGAGAGAGCGAGAUGCCGAGCAGCGAUGGAAGCAGCUGAUGCAGCUAAGAAAAUAGCCGAGUUAGAAUCAUAUAAAAGAGAAAAUCUAGAGAUAGAAGCACUUAAAGAAGCAGAGGAAAUGCAAAGAGCAUUGAAAAAUCUUGCACAAAGUGACAUCAGAUACAGGAGAUAUACAAUUGAGGAGAUUGAAUCAGCAACAGAAAAUUUUGCACAAUCUCGGAAGAUAGGGGAAGGAGGUUAUGGACCUGUUUUUCGUUGUCGUCUUGAUCACACAUCGGUUGCGGUCAAGGUUUUGCGCCCCGAUGCGACUCAAGGAAGGGAACAAUUUCAGCGAGAGAUUGAUAUAUUGAGUUGCAUAAGGCAUCCCAACAUGGUACUUCUUCUUGGAGCAUGCCCAGAAUAUGGCAUUCUAGUGUACGAGCACAUGUCGAACGGAAGUUUGGAGGAUCGACUCUUCCGAAAGGGGAACACCCCUGCUAUUCCUUGGCAGUACCGGUUUCGAAUUGCUGCUGAGAUUGCUACUGGCCUUCUGUUUCUCCACCAGACCAAACCAGAGCCAUUAGUGCACCGUGAUCUCAAACCAGCUAACAUAUUGCUAGACUACAAUUAUGUUAGCAAAAUAAGCGACGUUGGUUUGGCUAGACUUGUACCCGCCGUGGCCGAAAAUGUAACACAAUGCUACAUGACUUCUGCUGCUGGAACUUUCUGCUACAUAGACCCUGAAUAUCAACAGACUGGAAUGCUUGGGGUUAAAUCUGAUGUCUACUCAUUAGGUAUCAUGUUGCUUCAACUAAUUACAGCCAAGCCGCCCAUGGGGUUGGCUCACCAAAUUGCUCGAGCUAUUGAGAAGGGGACUUUGGCGGAUUUUCUGGACCCAGCUGUGGAUGAUUGGCCAGUGGAACAAGCACUUUGCUUUGCAAAAUUAGCACUUCAAUGUGCAGAACUUAGACGAAAAGACAGACCAGAUCUUGCCAAUGUUUUGUUGCCAGAACUUAACAGAUUGAGAGAGUUUGGUGAGGAGAGAAUGGAGCACCUGUUGUCAAUGGAUAGUUGUGGAUCUUCGGGCGGAUUUAGCCAUACAUCAACGGAGCAGGAUGUAAUGAGCGAUCCACAACUACUGAUGAUUUCAGGAAGUUCGAAGAGCCAAUCUAGUGAAUCAUCACAGGUAGGAGGAGAAUGAGGUAAGAGUUAUUUAUUGAUGCUGAAAAAGAGCAUUGAAAUUUGUAAACUAUUAUAGGAUUGAUGUAAAAUACCAUACUACUUGAACAAUAUAUCACCACCUAUUGGCCUCUUGACCUAA